AUGGCGUCAAACAAGCCGACCGAGCAUCGACUCGCCGGUAUUUUGGACGAGGACCCUUUGGGUCUCAACCAGAAAGAGCUUUCUGAAGCAUUGAGGGACACAGUCAAUGGUGACCUUGUGUCCCCAAUUGAAGAGCCCACUGCCAGACGCCCUCCUAUGGGCAGUGCCAUGGCUUCGCUUGCUUCCCGGGCCACAAACUCUGCUCUAUCUCAUGCGUCGGGAGAGUAUGCCCGGAUGCCAUCUCUUCCUAUGCGCGCAAAUACAACUCCUUCUGUUCGCCCUGUUCUGCGGGGAAGAGUCACUGCGACUUCUUCAGUCACUCCUUCGCCUCGUGGAAUUGACCCCCGCAGCAGCGAGAUGGCUCCUUCCCCUUUCAACCUCACUCCUGGUAUCUUGGCCACUGGUCCAAUGCACAUUGGCUCGCAAGGUGGCAAGUUCAGCGACAACAGGGAUAACUCUGGCAUUUCCUUGAACAACCUUGGAGCCAAUCCCAUUUUCGGCGACAAUCCCAUGCAACACGCCAACACCAUGGCUUCAGUCCGACAGAUAAUGGUCCUCACGGCCAUGGCUAUAGUAACCAGGGUUUCGCCCUCUCGAACCACGGUCAGAAUCGUCAUGCUCAUGCCAGCCAUGCUCAUGCCAGCGACGGUGCUUGUAACCACCAGAAGGCAGUCUCACCGGUUGGAAUUGAAGGCAACGGCUCUAACCCAAGCGCCCAAAAUGGAACCCCUCAGCCAAUUGUCUCAACGACCAUCUGCGCGGGCGAGAACAAUCAAGGCGGCUGUGCCUCUCUCGUUUAGCAACCGGGAGCACAGAAGUGCUUUGAGCAUCUGA